CCAACGCAAGCGACGCAAGCCAUGUGGCUGAGCCCUCCUUCCUUGCGUUCCUUGGCUGUCGCCGGCUCCCUUUCAGCGAAGUAUAAAACCUACCAACCUCCAUCCACCUCCGAACGGACACCCCAAAACGCAAACACACUCAACCUCAACUCAACCCACAGAGCACACACCGAGCCCCAAACCUCUCACGGGGAAGUCAGAGAAACGGAACAAAGGAACAAACAAAUAUACACCCCAAGAAAAAAUGACAACAGAAUCAAAAGUCAACGGCCUGCAACGCAUCCUCUGGAAAGUCCAGAACGUGUUGGCGUUCAAGCGGAGUCCUGGUACAGUACAGUUUACUGCCCGUCGUUCGUCUGUCGAAUCCGCUCACUGAUGUGCUCAUUUCGUCGGUUCGAACAGGCGGAUAUGCAAAGAACCGCGCGCGGAUGGGCGUCAGGAGACGGGUGUUGCGGUUCCUUCAUUUGUAAAAAAAAACCUCCGCUCGGUCGAUGGUUCAGAUACCCCCCCGCAACACUUCCCUCGACACGGUAUCGGCGACGAACCGCGGCGCACCAGGACCGGCUUGAUGCUGCGUCGGGACAUCCAAUCUCUCGCUCGUACGUGCUGUGCUGCGCCUAUCCCUAACGCCCGUGGGACCUUCCUCCGUACAUACAUACAUACAUACAUACAUACAGAUUCCUUCGAAAACAAAAGCACUGUAAACGGAUAUAUGAUCCCCUUGUGUACAUACCCACCCCGUUGUAAAGCCUCCGAUGGGAUCCCUCUUUUUGAUGAAAUGAAACGUUCUAUAAGCCUUGGUUUUCGAAAGC